UAGUCAGUUCACCAAACGUCGAGUUGAUCACUUGUUCACUAUCUACAUUAUAACAAAAUGAUAUUGCACGAUUUGAAAUUUUUUUGUUUCACCUGCAUUGUAUUCGUGGCGCUGCAGACAAGUCAUGCCAUUCAAGAAAAUUGUCCAAAAUACAACGCAGAAAAGUCAUGCAAAGAUAACGAAGUUGAAUUUUUCUUAAGAACUCCAGGCGGCGUAAGUCACGAAUUGAAUUUAGAAGAUCCUAAAACGAUUUCAGACGCCAAUUUUAUCCAGGAAAUGCCAGUAAAAUUUAUUAUUCACGGUCACAGAGAAAGCAAGGAUGACUUUCUAGUGACGCCAUUAAAAUUAGAAUAUUUUAAAUUAAAUUACAACGUCGUGAUGAUCAAUUAUUCGAAACUAAGCAAUGGCACUUGCUACCGAACUGGAGUGGAUAAUUCGCUAAAGAUAUCGGAAUGUGCUGCGAGGAUGAUCGAAGGCAUAAUCGAUCGUAAUAGUAAGGGAAUAAAAAUGGACGAUUUUCAUAUCCUAGGUCUAAGCUUAGGAGGUCAAAUGGCUGGUCAAAUUCCAAACAUUGUAGACGAAAAAUAUGGCAAAUUUCCUCGUAUCACAGGAAUAGACCCGGCCAAUGACGGAUUUUUUGAGGAUUACGCCACCGAUAAAUAUACGUUGACUAAAGAAGACGCCAAACUAGUCGACGUCAUUCAUUCAAAUGCCGGUAUCAACGGAGUACUUCCACCGAUGGGGCAUAUUGAUUGGUAUCCAAAUGGAGGAAUUUUUCAACCACAAUGUCACGUUCCCAAUUCGAACGAGAUAAAUGCAUACUUGUGCGAUCAUAUGAGAUCCCUGAUAUUAUUUUUGGAAUCAAUUGGUGAUGAGAAUUUUGAACUGGAAACUGAAUGGUGUCCUGAUUUGGAAUCAAAAUAUUUAAAUCCAGAUAAAUGCGAGAAGGAUAUUAAAACUCCAUUUGGAGAAAACAUCACUUUACAGAAGGUAAGGCAAGGUGUUCAUUUCUUCAAGACCAGAGAUACUCCUCCAUACAUACGAGAUUACGACUACAAAAAAUACCCAGUGUACACAAUACAUCUUGAUGUUGAAGCGUAUUUUAAAAGUAUAGGCCUAGGUUAAUUUACACAUUACAGACUUUUCAAUUUGACCAAAAAUUAAUUUAUUUUCAUUUUUAAUUCCUAAGUAUACAAUAAUGCAUAUUAUACGUAUAAGUUUUCACAGGUAUUAAAUAAUUAAUGAACUCGCAUGAUUAUCAAGUACCUGAUGUUUGUUUUUGAUGAGUAAUAAAACUUUUCAAGCACA